AUUAUUCUUUGCUCUACUUUCCGAACUUUUCAGCCCUCGUUGGAAGAUAAUCCACUGGAAGAGUCUAACCUGGAAGAAGCAGGUACCGGAUGUAGCAGUUGAGGAUGAAAUGCUUAAAUAAAUUAAUUCAUAAAAAUAGGCAUUUUGUCGUAGUAACAUUUUGCAUUUUUAUCAGUGAAUCUGGGCGUGGUAUUCCUGCCUGAAGAUCAAAAUCGAGAGGCUAUGAACAAUAAUCAUAUAAAGCAAGGCUAUGAUUAUUCCAGUUCUAUUCAACUCUACUAUUUUCAUUUCAAAACUUCUCAGUGGUGGAUGUUGGGGAGGGGCCCGGGGGGGGCCCUCCUUAUUUUUAAACUAAACUGACGCCCGAAGGGCCGAAAAAAAAUUUUUGGAGACCACCCCCCCUUAUCUCAGGAUCUGGAUGACGUCGUCUUUUUUAUCAGUUUAUUGGUUUACUUAUUUGUUUACUUUUCUUUUGUUUGUUUAACAUCUCGAAGGCAAAGAAGUUGACCAGAGUGCAGACCGUCCAAAAAAGCCGAAAGGUGAAUAUGAAAUAUUGCAAAGAAAAUGUGACAAUUUGCACCAAAAUAUAUAAUUUACAACUGAUCGAUUGACUGACUAACUGACUGGCAGACUGAUUGAAUGAUUGUGUGACUGAUUACCUACUUGUUUCCCUUUGUUAAAAGAAAAAUGGGUGAAUGAAUGGAUACAAAUAAAGAAUGAAGAAGACGAGGCCAAAAAUUCUAAACCAGGUAACAACAAAGGCGUACCCCAUUCCGUUUGCUAAGAUAAUGUCACAUAUUCUCACUUAUAAUAAACGUCUUUAACUUCUUUUAUCGCGCUUAUUCCAUCUCGUUUACUUUGUCAAAUGUUAGCAAAUGUUUUUGGAGUUGAAUUCUAAAAGACUGUAUCAAAGUUCAGGAAAGGAAAACGAACGUUGUUGUCUUGUGCUCUCGUCCUUGACAAAACGUGAAUUUAGGCACUUUCACGUUGUAGUCGUGCAACAACGGCAAGGAAAUGGAUAAAAAAGCGUCAUCGAAGUGCAAAGUUGUUGUUUUGCUAAUCAAACCUAUUGUUUUUUUGCCAUUCUAGUUGCCGUCGCCGUCUUCGUUGCUUAAGCUCCCUAAUAUGUCUAAUUACCAAAAAUGCAACUUUGCACGUGCAACACACUUUUUUGUACAUUUCUUUGCCGUUGUUUUGUACGGCUACAUUUUGAAACUUCCAGAAACGUCUUAGUAAUACAUUUUAUGGAGGAAAUGUCGUACGUGUUCUCGUUCACUUUUUUUUUUCACUGCCGCUCACUUUCACCUUGCAUUGGUGGCCGCUAGCAUUUCUUAUUUUCUCACCGCCGCUACAAAAUUUUCAUGUUGUUCUUCCAACAAAAAAUGUCUCCUUUGUUUUUUAUCUCUCGCUCUAGCUCUGUGUCGCCCUUUUUCUCGCUGAGCUUCGCUGGCCUGCCUCCUACUUUCUAUUUUUCUCUGUCUUUCUCCUGCUCUUGAUUCCAAAUUUGUGGACAUGACAACUGAUCUAAGCUUAAUACUUUAGACAAAACAGGUACAGAAACAAUUUCCGCUUUCCAUUUUCGUCUUUAUUGACUCUUUAGUUGUCUCUGCUUUACAAGACGCGGGUGGCUAUGCAAUUUCCUGCCAAAAUAACCUCGAGUUGCAUUUGGGUUGCCAUACCCAUAACCCUUUCAUUGCCAGUGAUCCGUUCGCUUGUAACUUCUCUUGAGAAUAUCCAACACAUUGCCCAAAGCGACAUGGUGAGAAUAGGCACACUGAUCAGCCUGAGGGUGUUGUACAAUACAGUGGCGGGCCCAGGGGAGGGGCUCGCCCCCCCUCCCUCUCCCACCCUCCCUAUUUUCAGACCAAACUGAGGCCCGAAGGGCCAAAAAAAAAAAUUGGAGACCGCCUCCCUUCCCCCUUAUCUAAGGGUCCGGAUAAGCCGCCUAAGCCGCCUUCACAAUUGCGUUUUUCGCUGCCGUCAAACUUAAUUACGAUCACAAGCAACGAACCUGGAAACACAGAAACACAAAAAACGGAUUGAAAUCCACCAAUCACAAAUCACAAUCCAUGACCUUUUGAACCCGUUAAAGUAAAGUUUUGUUUCCUAAGAGGUCCGUUAAGAUGAUUGACGGCAGCGAAAAACGCAAUCGUCAGUUGGCUUUUGAACUUCAGAAUUCGCAUGUUUGUGAAAAGCGCAGUAAUUUUUGUUAUUUGUCUUGAUAACGAAAAGCUACAUGGGUGGAUGAGUGGAAACAGAUGAACGAUACCAAAGAAGAUCAAGAAACCGACCUUGCUGAGACUCCUGAACAAGGUAACCAAAGCAGCGGGGCUUUCCCGCCUCCAAUCGCUAAUAUCAAAGUCCUAUUCCUCAGACAUUCACGCAACCUCAGUUGUCAAUAAAAAAACUAAUUCAGUUUCCCUUCUCAAUCGAGCUUUGGUUUUAUUGACACAGAUAGACAAACAGGCAGAAGAUUGAAACGGAUUGCAAUUUAUUGUGCUUUUUGAAAAUCUGUUAGCCUAACAGUUUAUUAUUAUUAUUUUUUUUUUUAUUUAUUUAUUUAUUUUUUUUAUUUUUAUUUUUUUAUUUUAUUUUUUUUAAAGUUCAAUCUUGUUGUUUGCAAUAUUUGAUACACUGCUUGAAAGACAUAUUUGUUUGUCACGAAUCCUUGAUUUGGUCAUUCAAAGUAAUUUCUAAAGAACCUUAACAAAUAUGGAGGUGUAACUGGCAUUAUUAACAAAAUGAAAUUAAGACAUCCGUGAUAAAGCCCCUUUAAAGGCGCUCAGGAGAUUCAUUUUUCACAGUUGUUCUGUCACGCGUUUCUUUUCUCUUAUCAUGCUUUAUUUUUUAUGUAACAUAGCUUAGACGUGUUUCGUCAUAGGUUCACGCGAUAGCUAACUUGUUUGAUUUUCUGCCAUUUUGUCACAUUGUGCUCUUCGUUGAAAACGCUUUCUCGUUUCACCGUGAAAUUUUGCUUCUAUUAAAACCAGUUACACUUCUGAAGAAGGACCUACGUCCCCGGGGAAUGGAUCAAGGUUUAAGGGAUCAGAAUAAAAGUUUUGGGUGAAAAAAGAAAUAGGAAUUUCACACUGAUCCAACACUGAUUUAAAAACGUACUAUUAAAAUAACUGUUUAUCAUCUUUCCCCCGUAGAACAGUCUGACCCGAGGGUUUGCCAUUUUAUACGUCUUUGCAGACGACGCUGCCUAAAAAGGUGUUGGAUCUUCCGGGGACGUAUUUACUGCAGAAUAGUCUAUUGCUACACUCUCUAUUGUGUGCAUGUGAGGCGUUGCUAUGGGUAG